AUGCGCAAGAAUCAUUUCAACGCCUUCUUAAUUGCAAUUGCAUUAUGCGACAUGACGCUGAUGGCUUCCUAUUUCAUUUUUAAACAGGUUGAGAUAUGCCACCCGUGGUACUUUACCUACUUCUGGAUAGUGUUCACCUACUUUUAUGCCAUUCUAUCUGUCUUUGUCCAUUCAUCAUCUCUUUGGCUAACUGUUAACAUGGCUGUUCUGCGAUAUUUGGUGUUGAAACGAAGUGCAACGUCAACAUCGAAAAUACCCAUUGUUAAUACAUUCAGAGCUGCAUUUAUCGCAAUAAUUGCUGCUAUCGUUAUUUCACUUCUUGGUUCUCUGCCAAAUAUGUUAAGAUAUCAGAUCCGUGACAGCGGUUACUUGAAUGUGCCAGCAUAUUGUACAUCAAAUCAAUCUGCAUAUGCCCACUACUAUGUGGAUAAUCCAAAAGUUCAUGCCUAUAAUAUUGCUCAACCAGCAUGGUGGACUUGUCGCUGGGAAAGGUUUAAUUUCUGGGCUGCUGGUUUGGUAUUGAAAUUGGUACCAUGCUUGAUGUUGACAAUAUUUAUGACAUUACUGGUACGUAUGUUAAUUGAAGCCCGCGAACGACGUAUUCGCUUAUGUCGCGGUCAAACAGGUGAUAAAUCUCAGGCCGAACGUACCACCACCAUGUUAACCGCUAUUGUCGCAGUUUUCUUGGUUACAGAAUUACCACAAGGAAUCCUUGUUUUUGCUAUAGGUUUAAAACCAGGUAUUCGAUAUGCGAUGCAAUAUAUCGGUGAUUUUAUUGAUGUAUUAUCAUUGAUAAAUAGCAGCUUCAAUUUCAUAUUAUGUGCCUUAAUGAGUAAUGUGCGAGAAUUUUUGUUAACCUUUGGUUCCUGCUGUCCAAAACUCAGUGAAAAUAUCGGCGGUAUUGGUUCCAGGGCAUUAACGAUGACACAUCGAAUUACACAGUCACAACGAAAAGAGCUCAUGGCCGUCGUUAAAUGUCCUGAUGAAAUGAAUGAUAAUAAUAAUACUUACUUAUGA